AUGUUGGGAGCCCCAUCGUCAACCGCAAAUAUAUGGAUGAGCUACGAAAAGCUCGAGAAGCUAGGGCAAGGAGUCUACGGCAAAGUCUACAAGGCCCGAGACCGUCGUGAAUCCACCACUGUUGCAGUCAAGAAAACUGCAUUCGAACGUGGUGGUGUUUCUGCUACAACUGUACGCGAAGUAGCAUUAUUGAAAGGUUUAAAUCAUAUUAAUAUUGUCAAAGUGCUGGACGUACAAACCUUUAAUGAGAAGCCAUUCGUGUACAUGGUGCUAGAAUAUGCUGAUACGGAUUUAAAUCAGUACAUUAAAACGUUUCGGACUGAGAGUGCUGGGUUACCGCAGUCGGAUGUCAAGCAUUUCCUGAAACAAUUAUUGGAUGGAAUAGCACAUUGCCAUGGUCGGAGGACUCUGCAUCGAGAUCUGAAACCUAGCAAUCUGCUAGUGACGAGUGACAAGACACUAAAGAUUGCAGAUUUCGGGUUAUCGAGAUGCUAUUCUAUUCCUGGCAAGGCAUACUCGCCAGAGGUCGUAACGGUACUAUACAGAGCACCAGAACUAUUACUAGGACAACGUGAAUACUCCAUGGCUGUGGACGUAUGGUCUAUUGGAUGUAUCUUUGCUGAAAUGGUUCGAGGACAACCAUUGUUCUGGGCUGAUAGCGAACAAGCAACCCUCCACGAACUGUUUAGAAAGCUCGGAUCGCCAACAGCUGACGAUUUCCCAUUCGAACUCAAUCAACCACUUCCUGCACAGAAUCGAUCACCUGAGCAAACAUUGGACAAGUAUGUUACUGGGUUGGAGCCUGCUGGUGUCUGGUUGUUAAAGGAUAUGCUAGAGUACAAUCCUUCGAGGAGGAUACGAGCGCAUAGAGCGGCUCAACAUGCCUUCUUCUUCCAGCAACAACAGCAGCAAUGA